AUGGCAAUAGCUCUGAAGUUUCCUGGCCUGCACAAAACGAUCCGUAACUUUGUGAACACGGGCUUGUUGAAUGGAGAGGAUGGAUACGCGAAAGCAUCGAAAGCGCUAGAAAUGACCAAACUUAGGGCCAAGUACGGAAUUGGUCCAAUCAAAACCCGGAUUGGUGAGGCUCUUGAAAAUUUCACCCGUCCGGUAAAUUGGGUUCUCUGGGGCGAGUUGGCUAAAAUAGCCAUGGUUAUUAUCCCCGAAGAAGCCGAACUCGUAAUUCCUCUCCUUCGAGCUGCAGAAACACCACGCGUUCAUCUACUUCUGUACGCGGCACCGCAUCUCAUGUACUACGACUACCCAAUGCUUCCGGCGGGAUGGAAAGCUCCACUUUGGCCGCCAUUUGAACUGGGAAUUCUUGCUGGACGCCUUUACUUCAAUUUCUCGGAUUACGACGGGCUGCUGGAGAAAUUGUGCCCAGCUGGAUACGGUAAUGAUGACGACCAGUCGAGUUCAUUAGAUACUCAGAAUGUCCUUGCAUUUCUCAACGAGUGGCUUGCUCUUCGCCGUCAAGGACAGGAUAUCGCGCAUACACCCAUGGGAUAUAUUUGUCAUGACCGACAUCUCCGCAGUGGUCACCCGUUCUUCAUGCAGAGGACCAUCGACACAACAAGCGAGCAAGACCAGCAUCAUGUGGUGAAAGACAAGGGGGAGGAAGAUGGUGAUUAUGAGAGUGAAUACGAGAGCGAAGGAUGUGUGGAAACUGUUACUGAAGAUGUACUAUGA